AGGUACACAACUGUAUAUCAUAUCAUUAAUUUUUGCAGACAAGUGAAUUAGCCUAGUACCUCAACAAUGCCAUCUAUUGAUGAACAUGGGCCCAAGAGCAGCUGGGCUGAUGAUAUAUUGGACUUGCCUCCGCCGUCAGUUCAAGUGGAGGGAAAUACCAAGACUUUAACCGAGUACAGCUAUGAUGAUAAUGACAAGAUGAUAAAGAUCAUCAGCACAUUCCGCAUAGAGAAGAGGCAGGUGCCUAAGGCUAUUGCACUGAGGAAAGGCUGGAAAAAGUAUGGCCAGAGUGUGAACGAUGCACCAGGACCAAACUCUGCCACUACCAUUGUUGCUGAGGACGUCACCAUGCAAUUUGUGACGGUUAAAGAUGAGGAAGAUGCCGAAAAAGAGGACGUCAAGAAAAAGCUCCUGGACCAGGCCAAGGGUCAAGUGAAAUGUCGCAUCUGCAGAGAAGAUCAUUGGACAAAACUUUGCCCUUACAAGGAACAGCUGGAUCCUCUCAGGACUUCCCUUAUGGGAGACGACAAAGAGGAAGAAAAUGCUGGACCAGUGGCUACAGGCUCUGGUGGUAAGUCGCUUGGUGGCAGUGGAGGCAAGUAUGUGCCCCCCAGCAUGAGGGAGGGCGCCAACAAGCGAGGGGAGAGUAUGGGCAACCGCAGCGGUCGCGAUGAUGCCAUCACCGUCAGGGUCACGAACUUAUCGGACAGCACCCGAGAGCAGGACUUGCAAGAUCUCUUCAGUCCUUUCGGUGAAAUUGUCCGCAUUUACCUGGCGCGCGACAAGAAUACGGGAAUGCCUAAGGGAUUUGCGUUUAUCAAUUUCAUGCGCAAAGAAGAAGCUGAGCGAGCUAUCGAAGUCCUUAAUGGCUACGGCUAUGAUCAUCUCAUUCUCAACGUGGAGUGGGCAAGGCCAUCGGGCACUCAGUCGUAGAGGCUGACGUACGUGGCUAUCUUCAGCUUUGAUGGACGGAACCAUACACCUCAUAUCCUAUGUGACGUUUGUCAAUGGUUUAGAUUGAUACCAUCUGAUUUAUUACAGAUAAAAAGGUC